AUGUCCAUCUUCGUGUACACGUUUGGCCCACUCUACGGGGACCAUUCCAUGUGUGCGUUGUGUCCCGCGAGGAUCGACCAUCGAGUGGAUGCUCCUCUUUCGCAACGUACCUUUCGCGUUAUAUGGAGAACCACGGGUCAGUAUGAGCUAUCUGGGGUUGGUCUACGAAGCGUACAGGAUCGAUUCGUCGGUUUCAGGGUACCACGCGAUCGACACAAGCGAUGGGAUACGAUGGAAGAUGACUAUGUGACGUUGUCCUUGCCAUGGAAGUGGAGAGACGACCUAGUGCUCUUUCAUGAGUUGUGUUGGGAACGGCUGGAAGAUCACUUCAAUCCUGGUGAGAUUAGACUAGGCACACUUUCUUGGAUACUAUCUUAUUUCCCACGUCAUGGGACGGACUCCCAUCGGUAUGUUUCAGGGGGCUUUAGUGUUCUACCAACGGAACCACCGUUUUAUCAGCCUUCCCUUGAGCAGUUGCUACAACGAGGGGUUCGGAUACCAGAUCGCACACCAGAGGUGGCGACCCAAUUUGCCCACCGGCGAAAUUCCACCGAUCCAUUCACAGCUCUGCCUUUGGAGAUCAAAGACAUAAUUGCGGAGCAACUAAGUACCCGUGACAUCCUAAGGCUCCGGACGGUUUCGCGUGCGAUGGAAGGAAUCUUCUUCAGUUCUAGGUUCUGGCGAGCACGGUUCGAGAUCAAUGGCGAACGGGGCUUUCUAUACCGCAUUGUAAGAGAGUCUUCUAGAGGAACAGGUGAUGGCCUCGACUGGCAACAUCUGUAUCAUAGCACGUCCACGCUACCUUGGAAUGAGAAAGUGAAUGCAGGGCAGACACGCCUCUUGGACGUUCAAGGUAGAGCCUUGCAGCACUACCACAACACACGCUGGGCGGGAACAAAGGUCGAAACCGUGGACAUACCUCCCAAGCUGGCAAAGGUCGGAGUCUCUAUACUAGCUGAUGACAACCAAGGUAUAUUCAUCACUGGACUGGAGUUCUACAGCGAAGACGGGUUCAGUGAGUCCGUUGGCUAUAAGACCCCCGGUGCCAGGACGCGAACAGAAACAGAGAUGGCAUCGCGAGUUCAACAUCGAUACCUCAGCGGCUAUUCAUCCAUGAGUGGAAAGAGGGAUCUCCACCCAUUACAGGACUUCUAUCGAUCACCAGGCUUCCAUGUACUGAUGGAUGCAACAUCAUUGGAAGGAUUUGAGAUAACAAAAACACCAAACGGCAUUCACGAUCUUUGUCUGCUCCGUCAGGGUCAGUCGUUAAACUCAUCCCUUUCCAACGAUGCUCCAGGGGACUGUCAAAGACUUCACAUGACCGAGUUGAUAUCUGUGGUCGCUACGUCUGACAUAUAUGUAUGUUGA